UGUCCAUCCACACUUCCUCCAUGGAGUCUGGGAUAGUUUCACUUUCGUUUCGUCAGAACAGCAACACCCCUGUUGUUGAUGCUGCAAACUCUUCACCAAGCCGCAGUUCUCUCCGUCUGACAGCGGCGUUUGCGAUCCAGAGGCACUUCUGCACAACCGGCAUGGCCUUUUCAUUUAGUAAACCCUCCAUUCUUGCCUCCGCUGCGAGCCCCGUCCCAGGUCCACCGCUCUUCAGCAUUGGUGCCUCCAGUGAAAACAUCAGCUCAGAGCCGAAGCUGACUGCCACUCCUUUGUCCACUGCGCUGCUGACCUCUGCGAACAGAUCUGCUAAAGAAAAAAAUGCAUCCAAGAAACAGGAGAGCACACCGGGCUUUCCAUUUGAAGAUCAAAUUAGGCGCGUGCGCCUGCCCAGUCACCGAUCUCAAAAGGAGUUAAGAGAGAAGAUGGAGAAGACUACCAGCAAUCGGAAGCUUGAAUCUCCAUGGAGACGAGUGCAGUGGACAGAAGAGCAGAGGGAGAGCCUGAUGCAGAGCAUCAGCUCCUACAGGACAAAGUGCGAGGAGGCGCCUCAGGCCCGGGUUCUCCUCCUUGGCCCCGUCGGCUCUGGGAAAUCCAGCUUCAUCAGUUCAGUCCAGUCGGUGUUUGAUGGAAGAGUCUCCAACCGUGCCAUGGUGGGCUCCUCCUCGGGCAGCUUGACUAAGAAGCUGCAGUCCUUCACCAUUCGAGGCCAGAAGAGAGAGGGCUGCACUGGGCUGAUCCUGUGUGAUGUUAUGGGUCUGGGCGAGGCAGAGAUGACUGGACUGACCCUACAUGAUGCCCUGUCUGUCAUUAAAGGCCACACACCUGAGGGACACAAGUUCAGCCCAGAGCAGCCGGUGAGGUCAGAGACUGCAGGCUACGUGAAGAAGCCGAGCCUUCAAGACAAGAUCCACUGUGUGGUUUUUGUGGUGGACGCCUCCAAAGUCCUGACCUACCCUCAGAGCCUCAGCGCCACCUUCAGGCAGCUCCGAAACCACAUCAGUGACCUGGGUGUGCACCAGGUGGCCCUGCUGACACAUGUGGACAAGAUUUGCCCGGAAACAGCCAACGAUCUCACCCAGGUUUACAACAGCUGCGGUGUUCAGCAAAUGAUGGGUAAAGCUGCAACUCUGCUGGGUAUGGCCACCUCCUACAUCGUCCCGGUGAAGAACUACUCGGCGGAGCUGGACGUGGAUUUGGACACGGACGUGCUGCUGCUGAGCGCAGUCAACCACAUCCUGCAGUACGUUGACCUCUUCUUCCUGGACAGCACAGCCACAGAGCAGCAGAGCGGCAAAUUACCAGCAACCAACAACUUAAUGCUAAAUGGUGGAGUUGAUAAAGUUUGGUGAAUUCGAAAAAUUGAUCCGGGAGUGUCUGGUGAUGUUCACAUUUUAAAGAUUUAAUUCUAUUUUUCCUCCCUACUGCAGAGCUGAAAAUAACAUUUCUAUUUUCUGCACUGACAGAAUAUACAUUUCCUCUUGUUUCAGGUUUCGGUUCAGUUUUCUAUGUUAACCCACCUUGAGUCUAGAUAACCCAUUUUUAAUAUUACUAUUUUUUUUUUUAUGUUAACUCAGCACCAGUGACUGGCCUGUUUUAUUAAAGUUGUG